AUGGGCCCUGCAGAGCUGGAGGAGAUGCCAGGCUCCCAUGGGGGGUGCCCCCAUGGGGGUCCCCGAGAGCAGCCACGGCCCUGCGCUGACAGUGUCCCCUUUCCUCCACACCCUGCAGCAGGCAUCACCCUCCUGCUCCCCCUGGCCCUGCUGCUGGCCACCGCCUCCCACCCCCCCGGGGGGGACACCCCAAAGGACCAGGGGGACACCGACCCCCCACGCUGCCCCAGCCCUUGUGCCUGCAGCUUGGAUGACUACAGCGAGGAGCUCAACGUCUUCUGCAGCACUCGCAACCUGACACGCCUGCCCGAGGACGUGCCCCCCAACGCCAAAGCCCUUUGGCUGGAUGGCAAUAACUUCACCCUGCUGCCGGCUGCUGCCUUCAGGAACCUCUCGGCCCUGGACUUUCUGGACCUGCAGAGCAGCCAGCUGGCCGCUGUGGAGCAGCACGCUUUCCACGGACUGCGGAGCCUCUACCACCUCCACCUCGAACGCAACCGCCUCAAGCACUUGGCACCCCACACCUUCCUGCACACCCAGAACCUCGUCUCCCUCAGCCUCAACAACAAUCACUUCAGUAAGGUGGAAGAAGGGCUCUUUGCUGGGCUCUCCAACCUCUGGUACCUGAACCUGGGCUGGAACUCGCUUGUGGUCCUGCCUGACAAGGUCUUCCAUGACUUGCCCAACUUGAGGGAGCUGAUCCUGGCUGGGAACAAGCUCCCUUACCUCCAGCACCAGCUCUUCUGCAGCCUUACCGAGCUGAAGGAGCUGGACCUGAGCGGUAAUGCGCUUAAGGGCAUCAAGAUCAACAUCUUUGUCAAGCUGCAGAAGCUACAGAAGCUGUACCUGAACCACAACCAGAUCAAUGCCAUCGCACCCCGUGCCUUCAUGGGCAUGAAGUCCCUCCGGUGGCUGGAUCUCUCCCACAACCGGCUCGUCUCGCUCUUCGAGGACACGUUUCUGGGCCUCCUCAGCCUGCAUGUCCUACGUCUGUCCACCAACUCCAUCACCAGCCUGAGGCCCAGGACUUUCAAAGACCUCCAGUUCCUGGAGGAGCUGCAGCUGGGACACAACAGGAUCCGGAACCUGGCAGAAAGGACCUUUGAUGGACUGGGCCAGCUGGAGGUCCUCAGCCUCAACAACAACCAGCUACAAGACAUCAGGGUCGGGGCAUUCCUGGGGCUGUACAACGUGGCGGUGAUGCACCUGUCUGCCAACUGCAUCAAGGUUCUCCCCGACUAUGUCUUCAAGGGGGUCGCCAAACUGCACAGCCUCCACCUGGAGCACAGCUGCCUUGCCAGGAUCCGGGUGAACACCUUCUCCAGCCUCUCGAGCCUGCGGCGGCUCUUCUUGCAGCACAACGCCAUCUCCGUCAUCGAAGACCGAAGCUUCAGCGAACUGCACGAGCUCCUGGAGCUCGACCUGAAGCACAACAGGCUGAGCCACCUCUCGCCCCAGGCCUUUGUGGGUCUAAGCAACCUGGAGUACCUCUUCCUCUCUUCCAACCAGCUCCUGGAGAUCUCCCAGGACACCUUCAGCCCGCUCCAGAGACUCUUCUGGCUCGACCUCUCCCAUAACCAGCUGGAGACACUGGACAAUACCGUCAUCUCCCCCCUGGCCAACCUGCGGUACCUCAGCCUGAGGAAUAACUCACUGGAGACCUUCUCGGUGGGCUUCUUGUGUGCCUCCUCCACCCUGGAGCAGCUGUGGCUGGGGGGAAACAACUGGCACUGCAACUGCUCCCUGAAGGGCUUGCGGGACUUUUCCCUGCAGCACCCCGUGGUGGUCCCACGCUUCGUGCAGUCUGUGGCUGAGGGGGAGGAUGCCCACAUCCCCAUCUACACCUACAACAACCUCACCUGCCUCCAUCCCCCAGCCGUGGCAGGCCUGGACCUCCGUGACACCACCGAGGACAGCUUUGCUCACUGCUGAGGUGUGCUGGCCCCUCCCAGGGGACACACCACUUCCCAGUCGUGGACCCUCACUUGCCACCUCCCUGGCCCUGUCCCAGGCUCUCCGGGGCAGCAGCAGGACCACUGGCUCUACAGCCACCCCAGAUUAGCCCACCUCUGCCACCACCUCCAGCUGCCCACCUUGGUGCUGCCGCAGCAAGGAGAGCCGUGCCCGGGCGAUGCUGGAUGGGCACUGGCUCCCCAGGCUUUGAACUGAAAUAUUUCAGUCCUUAAAUACUUAAGUAGCAGCCCCUGGGUCAGCGUGGUCGCUCCUGGCUCCCGUCAGGAGCAUCUCUGAGCCUCCUGGAUGGGGAAAAAGAUGCACCCCCAGCCUGGAGCCCUCCCCAUGGUGAGGGGCAUCCCUGCCAGGGCCAAGACUCAUCAGCUGGACAAAGCAAAGCAUCUUCCUGCCACAGAGCAGCUGAGAAAUCCUAAAAGCCACCUGAGCUCCCCGGUAGGUUUAGGAAAGGGGGGGGGCAGACAACUUAAUCAUUCUUUGCACUAGCAGGUGUAGGCAGGGUGCAAAAAGCCGUACACGUCACUUACCUGAUAAAUCAUAGCAGACAAAUAAACCUUUGGAGCUAUCGCAACACAUCUUGUAAGUAUGUUUUUUCCAAAAGCACGUGCUGCAACAGGCCGGGGGUUUCUUAUCAGAGGCCCUCAGGGCUUUCAGCCACAGGGCAAGGAGCGCAGGCUCCCCAGGGUGCUGGAGGAGUUUGCAGCAGGUUUUCUGCAAGCCCCGGGUGGGUGGCAUGUGCCCAGGGAGGGAGCGAGAGGUGCCCAGCCAGCCCACAGAAGCCAACAGCCCAGUCAGACUCCGGCACCACUGCCCAGCUUUCCAAAUCCCAGAUAAGUGACCAAAGGUCAAAUAAAAUUUUCCUGGAAAACUGCACAUGGGGAAACCUGGUCAGGUGUGAGUUCUUGAUGUGGGUGCAGCGACAGAUGCUCCUCCUGCUCUCCUCCACAUGAUGGCUGUCAGCUAUAAUACAGUUUGGUUAGUGGAAAUCAGAGACUUCCCCCCCUGCCUCCCCAAAACGGCACUGCAAGAGCAAGUCCUGAGGGUGGGAGGGGACGCAGGCAGUAGGGGCUCAGAGUCCAGAAGGGGGGGAGAUAAGAUGCAAGGACACCACUUUUGUUUGCCUCCCCAGCUUAACUGAAGCCCGCAAGAAGAGGGCAGAUCCCAUGGGAAC